UUUCGUAUUCAGUUUGGUUUCGCAUCUCGUCGGCGACGGACUGUUACAAAUAAUACCUCCGAGGUCUAUAGUGUUUUUAGUGGAUUUUGAUUUUGUAGAGCUCUCUGAUUAAUCUCUCUCUACAAAGAUGACUGGCUCUCUUUGGCUCAGUUUGGCACUGAGUCUGGCCGUAUUAGCUCAGUACAAUGUGAGCGCCGCUCCUAAUCUGGUUUGUUUCUAUGACUCUCAGGGCUUCCAGCGUCAGGGGCUGGCUCAGUUCUCGAUGACCGAUAUGGAACUGGCCCUGCAAUUUUGCACCCAUUUGAUCUACGGCUAUGCUGGUGUUAAUGCCGAUAACUACGAAAUGCAGAGCAUCAACAAGAGAUUGGACCUGGAGCAGCGUCAUCUGGCCCAGGUUUCCGCCCUGAAGGAGCGUUAUCCCCACAUCAAGUUCCUUUUGAGUGUGGGUGGAGAUGCAGAUCAGAACGAUGGCAAUCAGUACAUAAAACUCUUGGAAUCGGGUCAACAGGGUCAUAGGCGAUUCAUUGAAUCCGCUCGUGAUUUAAUAAGGCGUUACAAUUUCGAUGGCCUGGACUUAGCCCUGCAACUCCCCAGGAAUAAGCCACGUAAAGUCCACGGCGAUGUUGGUUCCGCCUGGAAGAGCUUUAAAAAGUUUUUCACCGGCGAUUUCGUUGUGGACACCGAAUCGGAAACCCACAAAGGACAGGUGACUGCCCUGAUCAAGGAUUUGAAUGCCGCUCUUAAGCAAAAUGAUCUGCUUCUGAGUCUCACUGUUUUGCCAAAUGUUAACUCAAGCUGGUACUACGAUGCCCCUUCGAUCGCUCCCAGCUUGGACUUCAUUAAUCUGGGAACCUUUGACUUCCUCACCCCGCAACGUAAUCCCGAGGAGGCGGACUUUACGGCUCCGACAUACGAGGCCGUCGGACAGAAUCGCUUGGGACACUACAAUCUAAACUACCAAAUGGAACACUGGCUGCUCCAGAGAGUUCCGGCUAAUAAAAUAAAUAUUGGUAUUGCCACAUAUGGUAGAUCCUGGAAGAUGUCCAAGGAUUCAGGGGACUCCGGAAUGCCAGUGGUUGCUUCGACUGAAGGACCUGCUCCAGCAGGACCUCAGAGCAAAAAGGAGGGCCUUCUCAACUGGGCUGAGAUUUGCCAGCUGAUGCCGAACCCCAGUAAUGCCAAUGCCAGAGGAGCUGGUGCUCCGAUCAAAAGAGUUUUAGAUCCCACUAAACGCUAUGGUAGCUAUGCCUUCCGUGCCGCUGAUGAGAAUGGAGAGUAUGGAUUGUGGGUCAGCUACGACGAUCCGGACUCGGCAGCCAGCAAGGCUCAAUACGCCCGUGUCAAAAAUCUUGGAGGAGUGGCUCUAUUCGAUUUAACCCAGGAUGACUUCCGUGGUCAGUGCACCAACGAUCGCUUCCCCAUGCUGCGUGCCAUCAAGUACCGACUUCUCUAAGCCAACUCCAGACUAUAAAGACAUCACCAGCACGCAAAUGUCAACCAAAUGGAAAUCCAACAGAGGAAGGCGGCGCUGGGAGGGAACAACAAAUGUCACCCGAUCGGUGGCUUAAGGCCUCCUUCUGUGUCUGUCCCUUUUUGCAAAUUAAUUACAAAGUUGUAAACUAAAA